GCGCUGUCUUCUCUCUGCCAGAGCAGCCGCGGCGGUGGUGUUUGAGUGGACGAAGAUGGCGGCUCCGAGCGGCUUAGGGUCCCUCCGGCUGUGAGGUUCCCCGAGUGCGGCAAGCGCGACCUGAGGCGCAGCGCCUCUGUUUCGGCCCUGUCCCAGGCUCCCUCACCGCCAUCGCCAGCGGAGCGAACCCGAGAGCGUGGCGCGGGCUGGGCCAGCUGACAAGUGGAAUGUCAUGGCCAGCUCCUCAGACAGUGAAGAUGACAGUUUCAUGGCAGUGGACCAAGAAGAGACUGUACUGGAAGGGACAAUGGAGCAAGAUGAGGAGCCUCACCCAGUAUUGGAGGUUGAGGAAACGAGGCAUAAUAGGUCCAUGUCUGAGCUGCCAGAAGAAGUACUGGAGUAUAUCCUCUCCUUUCUUUCACCCUACCAGGAACACAAAACUGCAGCCCUUGUUUGCAAACAGUGGUAUCGACUUAUCAAAGGUGUAGCCCACCAGUGUUAUCAUGGUUUCAUCAAAGCCGUCCAAGAAGGAAACAUUCAGUGGGAGAGUCGGACAUACCCUUAUCCUGGAACCCCCAUCACUCAGCGCUUCUCACACAGUGCAUGCUAUUAUGAUGCUAAUCAGUCUAUGUAUGUGUUUGGAGGCUGUACGCAGAGCAGCUGCAAUGCUGCCUUCAACGACCUCUGGAGACUUGACCUAAAUAGCAAAGAGUGGAUCCGACCUUUGGCUUCAGGUUCCUAUCCUUCCCCCAAAGCUGGAGCGACUCUGGUUGUAUACAAGGACCUGCUGGUGCUGUUUGGUGGCUGGACUCGGCCAAGCCCUUAUCCCCUACACCAACCAGAGAGAUUCUUUGACGAAAUACACACGUACUCACCCUCUAAAAACUGGUGGAACUGCAUUGUGACUACCCACGGCCCACCUCCCAUGGCCGGCCACUCCUCCUGUGUGAUAGAUGAUAAAAUGAUUGUCUUUGGUGGCUCCUUGGGUUCCCGGCAGAUGAGCAACGACGUCUGGGUCCUUGACCUCGAGCAGUGGGCGUGGUCCAAACCGAACAUCUCGGGCCCCAGUCCCCAUCCUCGAGGUGGCCAAUCUCAGAUUGUUAUAGAUGAUGCAACUAUCUUAAUCCUUGGAGGGUGUGGCGGUCCCAAUGCUCUGUUCAAGGAUGCUUGGCUGUUGCACAUGCACCCAGGUCCCUGGGCCUGGCAGCCACUUAAGGUAGAAAAUGAAGAUCAUGGGGCCCCAGAACUGUGGUGUCAUCCAGCUUGUCGGGUGGGACAGUGUGUGGUGGUCUUCAGCCAGGCUCCCAGUGGGAGAGCCCCACUCAGCCCUAGUUUGAACUCUCGCCCAUCACCCAUCAGCGCCACUCCUCCAGCCCUGGUACCCGAGACCCGAGAGUACCGCUCCCAGUCCCCAGUGAGGAGUAUGGAUGAAGCGCCUUGUGUUAACGGCCGCUGGGGGACAUUGAGGCCCAGAGCGCAAAGGCAGACCCCCUCAAGUUCUCGAGAAGGGAGCCUUUCCCCAGCCAGAGGAGAUGGUUCUCCCAUCCUCAAUGGUGGCAGUUUAUCUCCAGGAACAGCAGCCGUAGGCGGCUCUUCCUUGGAUAGCCCUGUUCAGGCCGUAUCUCCUAGCACUCCCUCUGCCACUGAAGGAUGUGACCUAAAAAUGGGACUUCCUUUGGCUCCCCGGCGAGGGUCACUACCAGAUCAGAAGGACCUGAGGUUAGGAUCAAUGGAUCUGAAUUGGGAUCUGAAACCUGCUUCCAGUGGCAAUCACACAGAUGGCGCGGACAGUAGGACAGUUGGGGGAAAUGUGCGCCACCCCCCGGAGCAGACCAAUGGCGUCCAUACCCCUCCUCACGUGGCCACUGCCCUCGCAGGCGCCGUCUCCCCCGGCGCCCUGCGUCGGAGCCUGGAAGCCAUCAAAGCGAUGUCCUCCAAAGGCCCCUCAGCCUCCGCAGCACUCAGUCCUCCUCUGGGGUCUUCUCCGGGCUCCCCCGGGAGCCAGAACCUGAACAGUGGCGAGACCGUGCCCGCCCCCCGCCCGGGACCCGCCCAAGGAGAUGGGCACUCCUUACCUCCCAUUGCCCGCCGCCUGGGCCACCACCCUCCGCAGUCCCUCAAUGUCGGUAAGCCCCUGUACCAGAGCAUGAACUGCAAGCCCAUGCAGAUGUACGUGCUGGACAUCAAGGACACCAAGGAGAAGGGGCGGGUCAAGUGGAAAGUGUUUAAUAGCAGUUCCGUGGUUGGGCCCCCCGAGACCAGCCUGCACACGGUGGUGCAGGGCCGGGGUGAGCUCAUCAUCUUUGGAGGACUCAUGGACAAGAAACAGAAUGUGAAGUACUAUCCCAAAACAAACGCCUUGUACUUUGUGCGAGCAAAGAGAUAGUGUGUUCCAAACCCCUUUCCCUCUCUGUGGCUUUUCACUCGGAGUUGUCCAGCGUGCAACCAUUUGGACUGAGAAUUGGGAAAACAAAGGACAGAAUUCCUCCCAUAAACCAAAACCCCAAUUCCCAGCCUCAUUCACUCCGGGCUGGGAUCAGAUCUCCACUAAGAAAGAAAUUAUAUAUAAAUAUAUAAAUAUAUAUUAUAUAGCCAACUCUGUUUACAAAGAGGGAGAGAUCUCCGUCCUGGUUCAGAUAAAAUUGUUGCUGUGUUUUAGCAGAGGCUGUGCUGCCUUUUUCUACUUCGCUGGUAACUAGACCAGGACUUUAGGGAACAGACAAUUAUCAGAACUUUCCUAAAGAAAUUGAAGAGCCCCCUGUAAAUCUUUAUGUGGUCUUCUCAGAGUUAGGAAAAGAAAGGGCAUGUGUCAGAUGCACGAGUGGAGGCUUCAGAUUCACAUGCGUCAGUAGCUGGCAGGGUAAAAGUCACCUCUAGGAAAUUGUUCUUCCCCUUCUCUGAAAACUGCAGAGGACCUGAGAAAACUCCUCUUUCAGGAAUGCCCUGUGCCUGGCCCCAUUCUGCCCUUUAUGACUGAGAAAAGGCACCUGACAAGGGAUCUUGUUCC